AUGAGUACGCCUAGCGAAAUACUGAGUUUACCACCCGAAGUUCUUGCAACUAUUCCCGCUGGGACUCCACCGGCUGGAGUCCAGGCACUUUCCCCAAAUCCAGCCAGGAGGGGUUGGCUUCUGAUCACUGUCAGCAGCAUUCUGUUCUUCAUGGCAACAACAUGCUUCAUCAUCCGUGUAUAUACGAGGACGGCAAUCCAGCGAAAGGUGGCUCGAAGCGAUUUGGUUACUUCUGGUACCCUUGGCCUGCACGACUGGGAUUAUUCAUUAUUAGAUAUAACUUCUAAGAAAAACUUAGUGCCAUUCUACAUCACUGGCAUCACAAUCAGUCCUGCUUUUGGCCUUGUGAAGCUCUCUAUAUUCGUUAUGUACCUUGAAAUAUUUGCGGGUUUACGCUGGAUGCAAAUCUGCGUUUAUAUUGGUGCAACAUUCUCCUCCGCCUUCUACUUGGCUCUUACGAUCCUCCACUUUUACCUCAUGACACCCUUUGGUAGGGAAACAUUUGCUUCGAGGUUAUUCACACCUCAAUAUGCCAUGUACAUACGUAUAGGUGUACCCACGUCUGUUAUUUCGUUUGGAAUCGACAUUUACCUUUUCAUUUUGCCACUCGUUGCAGUCAGUAAACUGCGUAUUCCAAAAAAGAAAAAGAUCUUUGUGAUGAUAGGAUUUGGCAUAGGAUUACUAGCUUGCAUUGGAUCGCUUCUAAGCCUCAUAUAUCGUGUGAUUAACACUCGGAGUCAUGAUCGUUCAUGGAACGGUCUCGCUGUCGUCCUCGUGAUAUUGGUAGAGUUAUUUUGUGGCAUAAUGAUCGCCUGUUACCCGUCUUUACUCCUUUUUUUCCGCAGACACAGCAAAAAGUUCAGCGAAUUGGGCGCGGUGGUAGCACAUUGGUUGUGUUGCACCAGAUGCAGGAAGUCAAAUACAGUGGCCAAGAAUUCUCAAGAUGCCAGUAAUGUUUCUGAGCCAACGCCGGCUGAGGACAAAAAUCUUUACCCCGAUCUUGAUUUCUUGACCAAACCUGGAGAUAUUGAACGUGGAGAAUUGGAAAAACGGAUGGAAAAUAGAAUUGGACGAGAUGUGAUAGCCGUGUGA